GUGAAGGUGGCUGCUGCUUGAUCAAGGGUCGCUUUGAAGGAAGCAAACCUUCCGUGAGUAGAUUGAGCACCCAAUUAUCAUGGGACAGUUGGCUGCAGACAAGGAUCACAAUGACGAGAACGAAGAUGGCGGGAAAGAGGGCAAGGAAGCGUUGGCCCGUAUCCUAGAACUCACUCCCGCGCUGACUCAACUCCCAGCCAAGUCCACCGACAUCGAUGGCUGCGGGGGAUGGGGUGGCCAAGAGGCUCAGCAACUGGAAGCUGUCGUGGAUUCCGUAGACACAAUCAAAGGGCUCUUCCAUCACAUCUCCAGCCUCGCCAAUGAUGUGUAUGGCACACAGAAGAAAUCGCAGUCGACCAUAUCAUCCGACCCUUCCCCAGACCUCGCGGCCGAUUCAUCGUCCGAAUUUGACACGCGUGUGUCGGCGUAUCUUCAAAAUGUCCAAGCCUUGAAUGCCAUAACGAAGAAGGAAAAACACAACUACGAGCAACGCCUCGUCGCUGUGCGGAAUGCGACCAAGAGCCAACGCAAGGUGAGUCCGCCGCCGCUGCCGCUGCCCACUCAAAACUGCAUGAUACUGGGUUGGGACAUGGCGAUUCAAUUGAUGAAAGCCACUCGGAAGGAAGGCAACGGGGACACAUACCUGCACGCGCUCCAGACCAUUCAAGAGCACAUGUCGACUCUCAAACCACUGGCGUACUUGGACGGCAUGUACGUUAGUCCGAGCGCAAGCCAGUCGUUCGACCUUCUCUGCGACUUUCUCAUCCAAGCCGCAGUGGUCAUUCCUGGCCGCGAUGUCACGGUUGAGGAGGAAAUCGCGCGGCAGUCCAUCUCAGUUCUCUGCGAUUUGGCCCUCGCCCGAGGGUCCCUGUCGUACUUGUUGUCGUGUGUGCUAUGGAUGCUGUCUAGUCGUACAGAAACGCCUCUGCACUUGAAUGCGCUGCUGACCAAAGUUGCUGCGAUCAAGGAGCAAUCGUUGUACGGGAUUUGCGAAGCAUCGGGGGAGCUGUACUGUUGCGGUCAGAACUCGUACGGCGAGCUAGGGGUCGGCGACGACAUCGAGCGCCACCAGUUGACGUUUGUCCCAUUUGGCGGGUGGGACGACGUCAAGCAAGUCGUAAGUGGUAACGAGAUCCUCGCGAUGCUGACCAACAGCGGCGUGGUGCUCACCGCGGGCCUCAACAAGAGCGGACAGUGCGGCCACGGCCACUUUGACGAGCGCGUGAUGCUGCUGCGGCCAGUGGAAGCGCUGCGGUCCCAGAAGGUCACGUACAUCGCCGCGAGCAACGGCUGCGAGCACAUGAUCGCCGUCACGGACACGGGGCUCGCGUAUUCGUGGGGGUACAACGACCGCGGCCAGCUUGGCCACGAGAACAUUACGACCAAGAUCCACCAGCCCAAGCUUAUCGAAAGCAUCCGCGACAAGAAGAUCGUGUUUGCCGCCGUGAGCUACCACCACAGCGCCAUUGUGACGGACAAGGGCGACCUGUACACGUUUGGCAUGAAUGACUGUGGCCAGCUGGGCCAAGACACGACCACACACGUGUCCGAGCCCCAGCACGUCAAAGCGCUCGAAGGGUAUAUUGUAUCGAUGGUCAGCUGCGGCUUGUACCACACUGUCGCAUGCACGUCCACGGGCGAGCUGUUUACGUUUGGCAAGAACGACUACGGUCAGUUGGGGGUAGGCCACAACCGCCAGAGCAAGACCCCGUGCUUGGUGGCGACCCCGAACGACCAUAUUUGCUUUGUCACGUGCGGGUACUACCACUCGGUGGCGGUGGCGACCAACGGGCGGUCGUUUUCGUUUGGGCGUAAUGACUACGGCCAGCUAGGCAUCGGCACCAAGGUGCAUCAGAGCGUGCCGCACCUGAUCACGGUCGGGCCUCGCAUCACGCGCGCCGCGUGCGGCUGCUACCACACCGUUCUCUUGUCCGAGCAAGGGCUCGUGUACACGUUUGGAAGGAACAACAAGGGCCAGCUGGGCAACCGCGGCAACACGGACUCGCUCUUGCCCGUGCCUCUGCAUGUCCGCCCCGAAAAGAGCGCGCGGCGGGUUCUGGACAUCGCGGCGGGAUUUUACACCACGUCGUUGAUUGUCGAGCGCAAGAAGGAUGGUGACGUGGCGACGGCCGACCAGAGCUUGGUGCUGCCUCUCUGCGGCCGCGUGGACAUUGACCGGAGCGGCGAGAUUGAAGGCUUGAGUAACUUUGGGAGCAUCAGCGCCGUGGGCGUGAGCUUGUAUCGCGGCAAGUGGUUCUACGAAGUCGAGGUCGUCACGUCCGGGCUGAUUCAAAUCGGAUGGAUCGACGGGUACUUUCAAGGGUCAUCCGACCAGGGUGAAGGCGUAGGCGACCACGCGCACUCGUGGUCCUACGAUGGCAACCGGCAGAGACGGUGGAACUCGGGAUCGUCAGCGUACGGCGACAAGUGGAAAGCCGGCGACGUCAUCGGGUGUCUGCUCAACCUGGACGACCUCGAAAUGCGCUUCUUCCGUAACGGCGUAGACCUUGGCAUCGCGUAUGCGGACCUGGCGCUGAACGCAUCGGACGCUCGCGCCGGACUCAUGCCUGGAAUCAGCCUCGAGCGAGGCGAAAUCAUCCGCCUCAACCUCGGCCACCGCCCGUUUGCGUUUCCCGUCAACGGCAUCGACGGCAUCGCGCGAGCCAUCGUGUCGCCCUCGUCGCAAGUGGUGCUGCAGACCGUGGCAAUCGCGACGACGGCCACCGCCCCCGAGGCCCUAGAAGGAUCGGCGCGGAUUCUCAUGGGGGAUAAGCUGUUUGUGAUCGGCGGAAUGCUCUCAGGCCCUACAGGAAGCACUGGCGUGUCCACCAACAAGGUGUGGGUGUACUCUCAGUCGGAUAAGGCAUGGGGCCGGUGGAGCGACCUCCCCAUCGGGCUUCGGUACCACCAAGUGGUAGCCAUCGACGACCACACGCUGCUCGUGAUUGGCGGUGAGCACGACGGCCCCGUAUCUCGCCACCUCGACCUCUACCGCGUCUCGACGAUCGCCAACGCCGAUGGGUCCUUCCCGCCCUGGGAACUCGUCCAAGGCAACGCGGCGACGUCGGCUCUGCCACUUCCCCGCGCCCACCACGCGGCCGCCGCCAUUCGCAUUCGUCUGGAAACUCUCGUGCUCCUCUACGGUGGCAAAUCCAACGACGAUGCAUUACUAGGCGACACGUGGUUCCUCUCUCUGGAAGACUACUCGUGGGCCAAGCUGCCGUCAUCGGUGGCGCUGGAUCCAGGCCCGCGCUUUGGGUGCUCGUUAUGCGUGGUAGGGGAAAGCGUCUACAUCUUUGGGGGAUUGGACAAGGAAGACCGGUACCGUGCCGACCUAUGGCGGUACAACACGUUUGAUCGUGUGUGGCAUUUGUGUCACGACGAUUACAUUCACACUCCACGGCCAUCGUCAACCGACAAGGAAUUCAAUCCGCCAAUGCCGCCCCCCCGGACCUACUACAGCAUGGCGUCGGACCUCGGGCAUGUAUGGAUCUACGGGGGUGAGAACCGUAAAGGCGAUGUGCUCGGAGACCUCUGGGGAUUUUCCCUGACAAAGACCACAUGGACGCAAGUGGAAGUCACGACCGACGACGGCGUCAGUGGCGUGGGUCGUGCCGCGCUGUUCAUCGAAGCUGGCAGCGUGUGUGCGUUCGACCCGCUGCAGCCGUCGACGUGCUUGUUGUACGGAGGCCGGGCGAGUCGCAUUGCUGCUGGAGGAGCGACGACGAUGACGAAAUGGGAAACCACGAUCCGAUACCUGUCUCCCACGUCGAGUUCGAAGCUGCCGUCCUCGGGCAUGACCUCCUUGACAGCGUCGUCGUCAACGGCGUCGCUGGGCAAAGCGUCGACGGUGUUGGCGCACUUACGGUCCAAGCGCGCGCCGCUGCUGUGUCCGCCCACCGCAGGCGACACGGCGAUCUGUUUGUUGUCACAUUUGGACCGGUUGAUUGGCGGCGACGUCGCGCUCGUUGAGGCGGACUCGAUCCAGCCGUCUCGGUGCAGCUAUCGGUCGCUGUGCAUCGAUGCAAAGGAGUCGUCGUUUGCUGUGCUGCUGCAGCUUCUGUCGCGGCUGUCGACGUCGGUUUUGGCCCCCAACGUUGACUCGACCACGGACUUGUACCCGCUCGUGGUGGUGUUGCGGCUGGUGAAAUUCAACUUUUUUGAGCUGUCGACUUCGUGCAUGGACGUGGACGACAUGGGGUUUGCCGCGUCGUCGACGGAACGUGGCGGGACACUGUUCCAACUGCGCGAGCUGCUAUUUCAGCUCGCCGACGUGCCGUGGACGCCGACAGCGUCCGCCGAGGUCGACUGGUUUGGCCACGUCAUCCAGCGCGAGACGGUGGCGACAAUCAACGCGGGGUUCUCGGUCAUGUUUCCGUCGCUACUCGACCGCCUCGCGGUCCUCACAAGACUCCUGCACGACGACAAGAAGGUCUCCAACCUCCUCGUGCCGAUGCUCGUGCCGAACUUUGCCUCGGCCAAAGCACUUUUCGCACUAAUGUCUGAAGAAUCCACGCUCGUGGCCGAAGGCGACCGGUGUCACAACGUUGUGACGAUGUUCGCCGACAAGUUGCUGCAAUCUCUGUGGCUUAAGUCGACGUCGUUAGGGAUGCUCUCAGCCAAUGUGGACACGACCAUGGAGUUUCAGUGUUUGAACGUCCUCCUUCGAGCGACGGUAUUCUGGUCGUCCAUGAACCAAGGAUGGACCAUCGCCAAGCACAUCUGCAUCCGACUGGUGCACUAUAUGCAGCUUCUCCUGGACACCGCCGCCGCCGCGCCCUUGUCCCCCGUCGCUGUGGCGGCGUUGCUGUCGACCAGUUUCCCAGGCAAACUUCUGCCGUUCCUCCUCCUCAACAUGACCAGUUUACCGUCCAUUCAGCAGAACUUUUCGUCGGCGAUGGCGGACCUGUGGCCAAACUUGGAGAUGCUGCUGCAUAACAUCCACAUGUUCAUGGCAACAAGCGACGGAUCGGCCAAGUCGUUUGAAGGAAGCUCGUCGGGGUUGCCUGGUGGCACGACUGUGUCGACUCCUCUGCUAUCGUUGGACAACGACACGUUGUUGCAGCAUCCUGUAGUGCUCAGUGCUCGGAUGCAGGGCCUCUUGCAGAUUCCACCCACGACUGCACCCCGUGCGUCCAUGCCGGGUGCCGAGUUUGCUACCCGAUUCUGGGAAGUCAUCCGCACCACGAGCUCCGCAUUUCACCGGAUCAACGUCAUAUCAAGGGAUUACGACUUGUACCGAGUGGUGUUGGCUCCGUCUGCUGCCGCCGUGUUGCAGCAGCGGUCGCUCGUGGUGGGGUUCCGAGGGGGUACGGACGACCAUCUGGCCAAGACGCCGUACGACAGCGCCAAAGUCAGUUUGACCUUUUCAUGGGAUGUAUUGACCACGCACAUUCAAGCAGGCGCUUUGAGUUCCAAGUCCCCCUUCUCCACGAUGGCAUCGUCGUCGCCGACGACGUCCGCGCCUGCGACACUGGGUGGAGAUGGCGAUGGGGCGUGUAUCGAAUGGCUGCACGAUUUCCAGAACCUGCUGUCGUACCUGGGCAGUCAUUACGCGUCGUCGCUGAUUCUUGCGACAGAGUCGACAGCUGUACCGUCGGCCGGAUUGGAGCGAUGGCUGCAGUCGCCCUUGUUCCGAGGCGGGUUGGAGGAGGAGCAGCCAUCGUCCCCUACAACAGACAGCGACGACCACCCUAAAGCAACCCGCAACGCACACAUUUUACAGCAAAUACUGGACAACGAAGGGGCCGGGGCGAAACUCGUGGAGAAGGUCAAGACGGCGCUCGAUCCGGACGCGGCCUCGGCGCACGCGAACCCCAAGCUCCGUGCAGCAUCAACUCGCAUGAAACGCAUCGAUAGUGUCGAGCGGACGCUGGAGAAGAGCGGGGGCUUCGAAGCGGUGGACCGAGCGGUGCGCUCGACGUUUGCCGUUCUCCUCAAGCACACACAUGUAGCGUACACGAGUAACCCUGUGACACGGGAUGGCAUGCCCGGGGAGGCCCUUCUCGACGCCUGGAGAGCCGCGCUGCAGCUUCGACGAUGGAUUGUACGAGAGCAACAAAAGCUGGCCGUGAGUUCGAGCGACGGCAAAGUGAACGACGACGAAGACAACGAGUUGGCCAAGGAGCGUCAACAGUCGCUAUACAAGCAAGUGUGCGACCCAAUCGUUGCGCGCGCUCGGCUUUUGCUGCAGCUCGCGGCGGUGCCAGUGCUGACGACCCAGGAAGAUGCUAGCCAUUCCCCGUUCAAGAUCCUCCCUGGCAUCUCCAACACCCCGUUUGAUUUUGCCAAGUUGUCGUCGUCGACGGUGGCGCGCGUGGCGCCGGAAGAUGGAGCCGGCCACCAAGGAUGGCUGCAACAACUCAAUCGGCUCAUGGAAACAAAGUCCAUGGACACGAUCGAAGAAGAAGAUGAAAGGAUUCAGACGGAUAUCUUUGCCUUUAUUCAGCAAACGUCCGACUCAAGUGUUGAAACGCCCAUGAAAGCCCUCCUCGAGGACCACCAACGUCGCGCGGGUCGACGACUGCAAGGCCUCGAGAUUUUCUUCACGUUGCUCAGCAGCACGGCGUCCAUCCCGGCCGCCCGAUUCCACAUUCUGCCCGUCCUCGCAAAGUCGUUUCGCGCCUCCCGCGGUGUGGCCGGCAGCGACAAAGUGCACUACUCGCACCAGUUGGAGUUGGCUGGCCGUUCGAAGAUCCAAGCGAUUGGUCGGCAGUUCUUUGCUCUCGUGUCGCACCUGCUGGAUCAUUCGUCGUCGCAUCUGUUAUCCCUGAAACAAAAGUACUGCAGCGGCAGCACGGACAAGUCCAACAAGCCCAGUGUCCAGACCAUGCACCAACACGUCCACGCCAUGCUGUUGGCGCUGGACGUGUGCAGCAUUCCGUACACCGCCGACGACUGGGUCCACUUGUCGGCCACGAGGCUGCCUUCGUUCUUGACCGAAACGACGAGUUGGGCGAGCUGGAAGCAAGUGUUUGCCAUCGAAGACGUUGACGAGGCCACGACCAUCAGCGAAUCCGCAUCCCACCAGAAGCCGCCGAUUCUGCCGGCGGGGGUCGGCUGGAGCGGACUGACCUUUUUGCACGGACAGUCGCUGGUCGUCGAGCCUGAAACGCACAUUGUCACCAGUGUCGCAAGACCUGUUCAAGCGGGAGACUCCGCCGUGGAUCCCAUCGUUGCCGACGACGCUGCCGGUGGGUUGGUGGUCGCGGCUCGACCGUUGGCCAAAGGUCGCUGGUACUGGGAAAUCGUGUGGCGGCACCAAGGCACGUUUCCCAUCUUUGUUGGCGUCUCAAACGGGUGUGCCAAUGUAAACCACGCGUUUGGCAGUACUCCCAGCGAUGACAGCAAUGGCACGGUGGGGGUGCUUCUAUGUAAGGACAAGCUGACGUAUCCUUCGUACCCGACGUUGUCGUCGUACCACGUAUGGGCGAGACUGCAGCCUAUCGGAGUGUUGUUGGACUGUGACGCCAAGACGCUCGACAUCUUCUGUGGGGUGAAACGGGUCCAGUCGUUGAAUUUGGCCCAUGUGACCACUGCCGCCUACUUUCCUGCCGUUGGCGUCGUGGACGGUGAAAUCCAAUGGGACAUGUACGCCCCUGUCCCCGCCCGCAUCUGGGCGACGCCCCCCAAGUUCACGUUUGUGUCUGGGGGGCUUGUGGCAGACUCGUUUGGCGGCAACGCGUUGAGUUGGAGCGGUCGUGUGAAAGGCCCAAAUGUCCAUCUCGCUGCGGAUUGUUCGACCCUCGUAGCCGGGGACUGUCUGCUCGCGACCCCCCAAAUAGAGACGGUUGUGACCAACAAGUCGUUUUUGGAUGGGCAAUUGUACGUGGAAUUGAGUGUGCUAGCGUCCCGCCAUUGUGCCCACUUUGUGCUGGGGGUGGUGGACUCGACGUUCGUCGCUGCAGACCAAACGAUCGAUGGAUUACACCUUGAGUAUGACGACAUUGAACAAGACCACGACGGACUCCUCGGAGUUCUCUUUGACUUUAGCGAAGGCAAACUCACCGUGUACCAGAAACGCAAAGAAGCCAUCGUGCACUCGGUCGACUUGUCGGGACUGACGCCGCCGUACGUGCCCGCCCUAUCGGUGUUGUGCAACGGAGCGAUUCUCUUUACCAACUUUCAUCCGCACGCGCGACCGCAGCUCCCCCCGUCGUCCAUUUACCCCCUCGCCAAGAGCUCCGUGGCAUCGUCGUCCGCGACGGAAAAACAAGUGGGCAAAGUGCUCGAGUUCCAAGUCCUCACGUGCGACGGCGGCGAAUUCAGCGCGUCGCACGCCGUGACCAACCUCCUCGUGGACGACUCCACCGUGUACAGCUCGGCCGGGUCGCAGAACAUUUCCCUGGUACUCAAGCACACGUCGGACACGCCGUUCUGCAUCACGUACGCCAUGGUCCGCGGUCCCGGAGCUGGCUACACGGCGCCGCUGCAGCACGCGGUGGUGUUCGUCAUGAGUGCGCCUCCGGAAUUGGACGAGUUGGAGCAGUACAACGGUCUGACGCCGGAAGAAUUUGCGGGACUGCCGACCGCCCCAACGGAUGCCCACGUUAAGCGCGACGAAAGCAUCCCCGUGUUGUACUUUGUUCUGGACGGCAAUUGCUCUUCCGUUUCGAAACGACUCACGAGUCCGGUCGCAGGACGUUAUGUCGUGGUGAAGCUGCUGCGCCCGACCAGCGGCGGCAACAUCGACGUGGGGUACCUUGGCUUCUGCGGUGCGUUCGACAAGGAAAAUGGACCUGCGUACAGCGACUUGUACUGGGACGACUACUUGUGCACGGAAUGCCACUUGUGUCCGAUUCCAGGCAUCUGCUACGUCAGCGACGAAGACGAUCAAGUCAAGAUGUGCUCGAGUUGUUACGAUGACCAGCGCGGCAGCUUGACUACAUCGUUUUACGCGUGCGUGCCGUCUGACGGCGAAGAUCGAGGCGACGCGUCCACGUCUGUACUUUGCGCACCACGGAAAGCAUGGAUCGAGUAUGUGCAGGCUUUGUACGAAUCGACGAAACCUUCGACUUCCAGCUUGGGCGAUCGCGGCGGUUCCGCCAGUCCCGCCAAAGCCUCGAUGCCAGACGACCUGUUUGACGACGUCGAGUUGUUUGCGUGCGGUCAAAACAACUAUGGCGAGCUGUGUCUUGGCCACUGCAAUUCCACAAGCAAAUUGGAGCACGUGCCGCUGUUCACGGCGAAAAGCGUCAAGCAAAUGACGGGCGGCAACGAAGUGCUUGCCGUGGUCAUGCGAGACGGCGGCGUGUACACGUGCGGACUUAACAAGAGUGGGCAGUGUGGUAACGGCACAUUUGAGGAGCGCGUGGUGCUGGCGACCCCCGUGCGUGCGCUCUCUGGCGUCCCCAUCGUCAUGGUGGCGGCCGCCAACGGGUGCGAGCACAUGAUCGCGGUGGCGCAGGAUGGGUCGGCGUACUCGUGGGGGUACAACGACCGAGGCCAGCUCGGCCUGGGCUCGACCAUCUCCAAGAGUCACACGCCCAAGCUGAUCGAGUCGCUCCAUGAAAAGUACGUGGUGGUGUCGGCGGGUGUGAGCUACCACCACAGCGCCGUCGUCACAAGCAACGGCGAGCUGUUGACGUUUGGGAUGAACGACUGUGGCCAGCUGGGUCUCGACCACACGCAGCACCAGCACACCCCUCAGAUUGUAGACGCCUUGGCGAGCCAAGUGGUCACCAACGUGUCGUGCGGUCUGUACCAUACGGCUGUCGUCACUGCCGGCGGAGACGUGUACACGUGUGGAAAGAACGACUAUGGCCAGCUUGGACUGGGCCAUUCUCGAAGCGUCAAAGUGCCGACGCACAUGAAAUUGACCGACGCGGACGACAAAGCUAUCAUGGGAUGGAGUGGGUACUACCAUACCGCUGUGGUCACGGACAAAGGCAAGUUGAUCACGUUUGGGCGCAACGACUAUGGCCAGCUUGGAAUUGGCAGCAAAGAGCACCGAAACACACCGCAGACGGUGCCGCUGCCGGCCGGGUCCAAGGUCAUGUCGGCCGCGUGUGGCUGCUACCACUCGCUCAUUCUUCUCGCGAACGGACGGGUCAUGGUGUUUGGUCGCAACAACAAGGGCCAACUGGGCGCCGGGGCUCGGACGUUGCCGUCCGCCGACCUCCCGCUGCCGAUUCCGUCGGGCACUCUCGCAAACGACGACGUGGUCGCGAUCGCCGCGGGGUUCUACAGCUCGUACAUUCUCACGGGCCGCAAGUCUGACAGCACCAGCAAGAAGACGGGAACGUCCGCACGAGAUGAACUCAAGGACAUCCAUGCCCCCGACCACCAAAGUGUGAGUUCUGACGCGCUCUUUGAAUCGCUCAUGCGCGAGAUGGACCGAAAUGCACUGAGCGACACCCUCAACGAUACGUCGCCGCUGUCUCUCAAGCGAAGCAACACGUCCAAGAAGCUGCCGCUGCUAAAACUGCUGUCGGGAACGUGGGCCGUGGCCCGCACGCUCAUGUACCAGUCCCUUCAGUCCAAGAAACCCACGGAACUCCUCAAAUCGUUCAUCUUGUCCAUGUUGGACAACCUUGCCGAGUCGUCGAAACAUGUCGACGCCACAUCGCAUGACCUGCCAACCGGCGACGACGAGUUUUUCAACCUCUCGGACGCGUGUGUGGGCCUGAUCAAGUACUGCGCCUCGGGCAAAUCCAAGGCGGACGGCCUGAGUGUGUUAUCGCAGUUGUUUGGUAACCAAGUGUUGUGGGUACUCCUAGCGUGCGGGUCCGUCCAUGCCGACGUGUGCUCGGUGAUUGCGUCGUCGCCCGUCGUGCUCCACCAACUCAUCCGGGGCAUGUUGUCGUCGACGCUGUCCUCGUCUAUCAUUUGCAUGCGGCUCGGCAUGCUCAUCUUCCCCCUGCAGUCCGUCUCGGCCGUGAACAAGGUGUACAAAUCCAUUGCCACGCAUCCAUCUGACAUUAUGACGUUUUUGUUCCUUGUUGUGGGGUACCCGCUGAUGUUGCGGCCGCCGCUCUGCAAGCACGAGCUUGGCAUCGAGUGUGCCACGACGUCGUUGUGCAAGUACUUCAACUGCACCAAGGGUGUGGCGGUCGACGCCCCCAUCUCCGCUGCGCUGUCGGCGAUGGUCGACAAGCAUCACAUCCGUCACGCGAAGUCGUGCGAGGCCGUGUCGCUUGUCCGGUACCUGACGCUGUUUCCAACGUGGAACAAGGCGGCCGGGGCCACGAUCACCCGUGCGCUGGAAAAGACAGACGUCGUGGACGAUCUCUUGGCCACGAUCUGCAAGUUCUACGAACAUUUUAGCACUGGCGACAGUUUGCCAGGAGAUGACUUUGUGCAUGACGACGACGUAGUGGUGCGGCAGCCAGAAAACACGUCGCCCGAGCUGGAUGACCCGUCGUCGCCGUCGGCGGCGGCGCUCGACGGUUCUACCGACAAGGAAAAGAACAUUGACGUGAUUUCCGAGUCGCUUUCGUUCGACAAGAAGGCGGCGGCGCUUCGGAAAAAGGCCAAGGACGCAUUGGAUCAUGCGACGCUCCUGUUGGCGUCCAUUGGUAUUUUGGGCGGCCACACGGAACUGCUUCGAGAAGGCGGACACGUUCUGUUUGAAGACUUUGAAAUGUGCGGGCGGUUCAAAGGCGGGGUGCUCGUCGGCCUCAAGCGCAAUGCGCGGGGCGGCAUCGACGGUCACAUUUCCGUGGCGGACGUCGCUGCACCGUGUACGUCCACGACAAGCAAAGCCGACCACGUCGACACGUUGGUGGUGCCGCUCAAGAAUUUGCAUGCCGUCGAGCGCAUCCCUGCGAUUCCUCAGAUGUUUGACGACAACCUGAGCGACGCCCUCCAAGCGCUGUCCAAGCUCAUCGUGCCCGCUUCGUCGUUUGCGUCCAAGCCUCAGUCGUUCCACCCGGUCGUGCACUCGAUAGUUGGUGUGGUGCUAAAGUCGUUCAAAAACCAGAUUCGGUGGCGGUCCACCAAGGCACUGGCGUCGGUGCUCAAGCAACUGCCGUCCCUGGACACGUCCACGAGCAACAACUUGGACGUGUCGAUCGUGUCCAACAUUGCGUCGCUCUUGGCGUCGGAAAGCAACAGUAGUACCACCCCCCGACAACAAACGUGUACUGACGACGACAAGUUGCCGUUUCUGCACGCCAAGUGGUGCGCCCUCAAGGAACAUCAAGCGUAUUUGGCCGCGGAAAAUGUGAUCGACUCGGCGUUGGACGCGAGCGAAAGCCAUGUCCGCGACGAAGUCGUGCAGCGUCUCGGGAACGAGAACGCGCUCUCUUGGGGCAUCGAUGCGAUUCAAAGCCCCAAGAAACGUCAGUCUAGUGUCGUGGCCAAGGCCAACGUCAAGCAGCACCAGCCGUCAUCGCUAGAGUACUCGGCGUCGGCGGUCCCGACGGGAGUGUGGGGGAUGUUGUGCCCCGUCCAAGUGGCCGACACGGAGCGAGACCAUUCGUUCAACUCGAACUUUCACCUGCGCUCGCCUGUCGUCCGCGUCGGUCGCGCCACCGACUCGUGCGACAUUGUUAUCAAUGACCGCAGUGUCUCGGGGCGCCAUUUCCACCUCCGGCGGGUACGGCAGGACACGGUCGGCACGGACGAGUACUUUGAGCUGCAAGACUUUUCAAAGAACGGCACCAUCGUCAACGGUGUACGCGUUCACGGAGCUAGUAUCCGCGUGGCCCAUAGCGCACGCAUCUCACUCAUCCUGUCUCGAGGAGGUAUGAUCACGUACGAGUUUCACGUGAUUCCGCAGCACCCGUCGACGUCGCUCCUGGCCUCGGAGCCUCUGUCACUGCUGCCCAGUGCCGCAGCAAUGUCGGCUGGAAACGAACCGCAGCAGCAAACCCAGCAGUCCGAGCUGCACGAGCCUCGAAGUCCCGCCGAAGUGCAAAAUCGAGCCUUGUCAUCAGUCGCCUCGAGCAGCUUGAUGAUGGGCAACAUUCGUGCACGCUUGGGACCUCAAGGCCUACGGUUGAUCACCACGAUCGGGGAAGGCGACGUACCCCGCGCCCUCAUUUCGCCGAAUCCGGCCGUAGACUCGCCCCGCGUCGGGGGGAAUCAUCCGACGAACCCGCCCCCCAUCGCCAUAUCCAUCCACUCCCCCCGUACGCCAGCGGUCGGGUCGCCCCUGGCGUAUCCGUCGUCCGGCGUGUUGUCCCCCGCGUCGUUUCAACAACGGGAAAGCCACGCUCCGUUGGCACCCUCAUCUCUUGCUCCAAAUGCGAUGCCGCAUGGGGAAAUGGCCGUGUCGGAGGCCCUUCGCAUCGCCCUCGGCCGAGAGAGUUUGAACCGAGACCGGCUCGAUCCGGACCUACUGACUCGAACUCGCGUCAUGUCCGGGACAGGGGAAGUCUCGUUCGCCAAGAAAGCGCCAUCGACGACGUCCUCCUCCAAACCCGACGACAAAGGCGGUUCGCCGUUCAGCGAUCUGGCCAAGGACUUGUGUACCCGCGUGCGUGACUUGGGGGGGCAUGGGGUCGAGGUCGAAAUGUGCGAAAAGGCUCUCCAGCUGCACCAAGGCGACGUCGUGCGGGCUCUCAAGUACGUGCAGGAAACCAUCGGGAAGGCCCAGAGCAUGGGGUUGAGUCCUCAGCACCAUUUGGCGGCGAGAAGCUUGUCGCACAUCCUAGGCCGCAGCGUGUCGGUAUGUUCGCACGCGUUGAAGCAGUCGCGGGACAACAUUGGUGUCGCCCUACGCGCGCUCUUGUUCUCGCCAUCAACCCCCUCGUCGUUGUCGGACGUUGUUGGAACCACCCGCGGCGACGACGACGACGACCAAGACCACCGGGACGACCUGGUAUCGCAACAAUUUGACAAGUUUGUGUCCCAGGCAGUGGACCAGCUCAGUACGUCGGCCGACAUGAACGACGCGGAAAACCCAAGUUAUUCGCUGCUGGACACGUCAGUGUCUGCGUCCCCUCGCCGAGCGAGUCGACCGAUUGCCAGUCCUGUGCGAAGUGCCAAAGAUGGCAAGGGAAAGAAACCCGACGGCUCCGACGCCGCGGUCGUGCCGUGGAGUGUGUGCAAUGCCCACGUCGAAGACCGCAUCAAGGGGCUGAAUUGGCGGGAUGUGGACGCCGAAGAGGACAGCGUGAGCCAGCUUUUGAGCGCCGUGCAUGCGCGCAAACUGCUCCUACAGGUCAUUCGACUUCUGCAACCGCAUCAAAACAAGUCGGCCGAGGGCAGUCCACUGUGUAGUUUUGGCGACCGAUCUACAUUGCGUCAGCUGGUCUUGUUCUCCGAGCCGGUGGACGGCGACGCUGAGACGGUGGCCGCACCGUCGACGUCCAAUGGCCGCAUCCAGCAGAUUCUGGCGCGGAUUUCGCAGGACGUGCUGAGUGCGUCGGCAUCGCGAACGCUGGAGCACAACAUGCGCACGUUCCAGAACAUCUCGACGCUGGUGAGCAGCAUUGACGAGAACGACGGCCGUCCUCCGCAGUCGUCGAGCGAUGCCCAGCACAACACGGCGCAGGCGGUGGUGCGGGCGCUCUUAAGCUCCACCGACGACAACGACCACGAGUUCAAGACGGCGAUUUGUGAGGACUUGGUCAUGGACACGAUGAUGCACGUGAUUUCCAAGACGUUUUCAUCCAAGGGGAUGCUAGACUUUGACGCCAAGAAGGAGUCCGAGUACCCCAAGGGGCCGUUCCUGCUCUCCAGCGGCCUCGAAGUCGCCGUCGUCGCAACGUUCGAGAGGGUGUGGGGCGUGCCGUACCCCGAUCCGCUGCUCAACUACCGCCACAAGUGGCGCAAGAAAACCAGUACCGGCCUCGACGGUGGUCCAUCUGCGUCCACUGCGCGCGCGACAUACGACUGCAGCGUCACGCUGUGGAAACCCGUGCUGCCUUCGUCAUUCCAAACGACUUUGGUCGCCCCCGACAAGUGGUUUGCGCUCAGCGUCGUGGCCAAGACCGGCAACGACACCCCCACGUCCCCGCUGGUGCUGGUGCGAGACAACCAAGACGGGUGUCUAGCACGACCCCUGCGUUUUGACUGCGUCGACGUGAGCGGCAAAGGACUGCCCAAGAACUCAGACCUGGACUUGGAGUUUGAACGCAAGCAGUUGCGGACCGUGUGGUGGCCUGUGGCCCCGCCGGGGUACGUCGCGUUGGGGUGUGUCGCCGGCACCAAGGACGCGCCGUUCGAUGCCCCAAGCGUCGACAGCUACCGGUGUGUCCGUGCGGAUUUGGUGCAGGCGUUGGACGGCCCCGCGAGCUGCAUUUGGCAGGCGCCGACAGUGUCUUUGUGGACGGCAGCAUCCGACUACUCGCAGCAUUUGAUCCCCACGACGGGCGCCAGUACGGACGAGACUGUCGUGCACGUGCUUCAAAUGUCCGAAGACGACCGGGUCCUAUGCGCGCCAAUCACGAUUGCGGUCGUGCUGCGGUUUGUGAAAGUGCUUUUGCACGUUCAAACGUACAUGGGGAAGCAGAUUCUGGCGCCAGAACUCACGUCGGCCCUGUUUGUGCUCGUCAAGCAGGCGCUCGGGGACAAGCGGAGUCACCCUGUGAGUGUGGAGCUCGUGCGUGCACUCACGACGGUCAUUCGGGCGGGGUGCCCGUGGAAGGACAAGGAAGGGGUGCUGUACUGCCGGUCCAAAAUCAUGUUUUUGUACCAAGAUCAAGAAGGCAGCCUCAUGUUGAGCUCGCUCUUGCAGGCCCUCGUGGAGCUGUUGCUCGUGGUGGACAGCCACCACCGCGACCACACGUUGGCGACGUUUGCGACCCUUCCAGCGUACGACGUGUCGUCGACGUUGCCCUAUCGAUUCGCAGUGCCCGAACAUCCCCAUGUGCAUGCUGUCCACUCGUUGGCCAAGGUGGCCGUGACCAAAGCCAGUUCCGACUACAAGUUCGCGGUUGGGUUUAACGACAAGCCCGCAUCAGUUGCCGCCGACGCUAUAGGAGGGGGCACUACGGUGACCGAUCCGACGUUUGCGUCCGUCCGGUUCGAAGACGUGGCCCCCGUCCAAGUGUUUAUGGAGACGCAGACAGUUGCGAUGCUCGUGUACUUUGAAGUGCACGUCGACGACAUCAAAGUCGGCAGCAGCGGCACCAAACCGCUCGGGUUUUCGUUGGGGUUUUCUAUCCGCGACUUCAACGUGGACGACGGCGUGUGCGUCGGUCACGCCAGCAAAACGUACUCGUUCACACCCGCGACGGGCAAAAUUCAGUGCGGCGACCCGUUGGUGGAUGUGUGGCCGUGGUCAGACUCGGCGCACGCCGUCGGUCGCGGCGAUGUGUUUGGGUGUGGGCUGCGGCUCGACAGCCACGAGAUUUUCUUCACCAAGAAUGGUCGGUGGCUCGGCACGGCAUUCUCGUCCAUCAUUGGCGACAUGCAGUUGCAUCCGACGGUGUCAGUGGACGCCGACAUGUCUGUGGAUGUGGUGCUGAGUCACGCGACGGAGAAGCAUCUGUUCCCGCUGGACACGACCGACUGGGACAGCCCCAUGCACGGGUUCGAGUGGUUUGAUUACCUGCGCCAAGUGUACAGCAUCAUGCAGUCCCUCGUGGAGCGCAAGCCGCUGCCGGACGAGUUUCUCCUGAGUGCGGACAACUUUUUGUCGACGAUAUCCACCGACGUGUGCCAGAGCUUUGCAUCGGUCCAUCCGUACGAGUUGGACUUGCAAGAGGCGACGAUCCACAUUGCGCUGGCCACGUCCAUGCGCAUCAAACUGGAUCCGCAGUGCGAAACCGCGGGGUCGCAUUGCCUUCAAAUCGUCCAGGGGAGCAGCAGCGACGACGCCGCCGAGUCCGAGGUCCGGACGUUCACGGGGUCCUGCGGCGGCCAGGAGAUUACCGUCGAUGGCAACGAGUUCACGUGGCGCUUUCCUGUCCAAUCCAACUUUCAAUGCCGGAUCGAUCGAGUGCGCAAAGGACCGUACAUCAAGCUCGAGAACCGCGACACCCGUAUGAGCCUGACCCGCGACAAGGGGUGGCAGACCGCCGUGGGCGUCGCGCGCUUCGACUCGGGCGUGCACACGUGGGAAGUGAAGAUCGCCAUGGUGACCGCCAGCUCCAACGUAUUUCUCGGUAUUGCUCGAAAGGACGUCCGGUUCGACUCGUAUCUGGGCAAGGACAACCGCGGGUGGGGGUGGAUUGGCAACCGCGCGCUGUGGCACAACGGGUCCAAGCAGCGCGGGACGUACGGCGAAAAGUUCAAGACGGGCGACGUGAUACGCAUGGUGCUCGACUUGAAGCGCGGCACGCUGAGUUAUGCCUUGAACGGGAAGGACUUGGGCGUGGCGUUCGGGCCUGGCGGCACUGGCCCAAAGCUAGAAGGGUCGUUCUACCCCGGGUUUGCACUGUACAAUCAGAGAGAUGUGGUCGAACUUAUUGGGGGGCACCGCUUAGAAGACAGCGACGCUACAUCCGCGGUGGCGAACGUCGGUGGACAUGUAGACGACAGCGCCGUCUACGCGAGCGACGACGAAGAAGACGCGGAAAUCAACGCCGAGUCCGUCCCGAGCUAUCGCGUCGAACUCGCGACGGUGUUGAGUCAGAUGGGGUUUCCCAUGGACUGGUGUGUGUAUGCGUUGAAACAUUGCGACGACGACGCUGAGCAGGCCGCGGACUUUAUCUUGGGCAACAUGCACGCCAUGGAAGCGCUGGUUCGCGAAGAGGCCGAGGCGUACAGCCGAUCGCACGUGGCUCGCGAAGACUGCCCAGCCCCCUUGUCGUCGGACGAUAGUCUCGACGUGGGGUCGGCAUCUGUUGUGCUUAGUUCGGACGAAAUGAUGUCGACGUCAGAGGCAGACACCGCGGUGGGGCUGUCGAUGGCGGCAGGGGAUGCCACGACGGCGACGACGAAUGAAAAGUGGGGUGUGGCGUUCACAGUCGUGCCAGAGUUUUCUGUGGCGGGGCGCCAACUCCUCGCCCUUCGGUAUGCCCCCGCGCUGAAAGAGCUGCAUGCGACGCUCGCCGUGUUUGAAUUGGAGCACGACGAAGCCAUUGUGACGCUGGUCAAUGCGUACUGCGAAGCCAAGGCGGAGGCGAGCGUUCCAUGCGACCCCCUCCGACUCCGUCCGGACGAGUUCCACCCGACGGACGACGACUUGACCGUCCACACGUGCUUGGGGGGCAUCCCCCUGCCGACCCUCCAGGCGCGGUUUCUCAUCUUGCGCAACUUCAACGCCCGACUGCAGCACGUGCUGUCGCUCAUCGACUAUUCUGCGACAGAGUCGGCGCUGACACGAUGCAUCCGCGCGCUACGGGGAUGCGUGUUCCAGACGGUGAAACUGAACUGGUGGUUUAGUAUCCUCAAGGAACAGCAGACCCCCGCGGCGGCGCGGCCAGAGAUCGAAGUGGACCGGCUCAAGGCGGCCGAGUCGACCAACGGCGUCCUCCACUCAGUGUAUGCGCAGUCGUUUGCCCAGCUGCAUCCGCUGCAAGGGUCGCUUCUGCGGGGCCACGACCGCGCGUUCAAGUGUCAGUUUGUCGGCGAGUUUGGCGACGACUUUGGAGGUCUGUACCGUGAGAUUCUGGCGCAAAUGAGUACCGAGCUGCAGACGCCCAAGGUGCUGCCGCUGCUCGUGCCAUGCCCGAACGAAAUCAACAAAGUCGGCGAGAACCGAGAGCUGUUUGUGCCCAACAUCCACCUCCGCAACGACCCCAAGCUCGUGCACAUGGCCGAGUUUCUCGGCAAGUUGAUGGGCAUAGCCAUACGAAGCAAGACGCCGCUCGACUUGAACUUGCCCCCCGUCGUGUGGAAGUACCUGGUUGACCAACCCGUCGUCCGGAGCGAUAUUGAGUCGAUUCACCAAGGCUGCUUUCAGGUGGUGGACACGAUCAACAACAUCACCAAGCACGGCAUCACGCCCAACAUGUUUGACGAUCUCAUUGACGCGUCGUUCACGGUGCUGUCCAGCGACAAGCAAGAAGUCGAGCUGGUUCCUGGCGGCAAGCAAGUGCGCGUGACCUGGGACGACAAGGAGGAGUACGCCCAAGCGGCGGAAGCGUAUCGACUGUCCGAGUUCAAGCCCGUGUGCCAAGACGUGGCCCGGGGCAUCGCUACGAUCUUGCCACUGCCGACGCUGGGUCUGUUGACGUGGAAGGACUUGGCAACGCUCACGUGCGGCAAGUACACGGUCGACAUUGACCUGCUCAAGCGACGGACAACGUACGGCGACGGAUGUUCGGGCACGGACCCGCACAUUGCGUACUUCUGGGACGUACUGCGGGAGUUCACGGAUGCGCAGCGGUCGUCGUUUCUUCGGUUCGUGUGGGGGCGGUCCCGCCUCCCGACCCACGCGGCCGACUUUACGCAGGACUUCAAGAUCUCCGGCAUGCCCAAAGCCGUGGGCAAGGCCGACAGCUACUUGCCCCUCGCCCAUACUUGCUUCUUCUCAAUCGACAUGCCGGCCUACUCGUCCAAAGCAGUGAUGCGGGACAAACUUGUGUACGCCAUCACACAUUGCUCAUCGAUUGACGCGGACAACACGACUGUGGCCCAGCGGGCUGGCCAAGGCAUCAACUGGACCCGCGCGGCCACCGGCGACACGUAGUCGACGACGAUAUCUCAGUGUUCUUACGAUACUUCACACAUGUAUAUAUAUAUAUAUAUAUAUAUUAUAUAUAUAU